CCCCGCUUUAUCCUCUUUCUUUUGCUGUCCGCAAGCAAGAUGCCAGGCGGUGGUGUAACAGUAAAAGACGUCAACCAGCAGGAGUUUGUCCGGGCGCUGGCUGCCUUCCUGAAGAAGUCAGGAAAGCUGAAGGUGCCAGACUGGGUGGAUAUUGUUAAGUUGGCUAAGCACAAGGAGCUGGCACCCUGUGAUGACAACUGGUUCUACAUCAGAGCUGCGUCCACAGUACGUCACCUUUACCUGCGUGGUGGUGUCGGCGUAGGCUCCAUGAUCAAGAUCUAUGGAGGUCGUAAGAGGAACGGCGUGUGCCCCUCUCACUUCAGUGUGGGCUCCAAGAAUGUGGCUCGCAAAGUGCUUCAGGCCCUGGAGGCUCUUAAGAUGGUUGAGAAGGACCCCAACGGUGGCCGCAGACUCACCCCACAGGGCACCAGGGACCUGGACAGAAUCGCUGGCCAGGUUGCAGCUGCAAGCAAGAAGUCUUGAAAUGUAAAAUAAACUUUGAGAACUUGAA